AUGCCAUCAGCUCACGCUUUCGAUAUGAGGAUAACUUCCGAUAUUUAUAAGCCUGAUCAGCAUUUACCCAUGGAGACAAUGAAAGUGUGCGCCGUGACCAUGACUGAGGAUCUCCAGGAAGAUGACGGAUCAUCAGAUGAAUCCGACAAUGACGAGCGCGAAGACCACAGCAAAACAGGAGUUUCACAGCAACGGAUCACCCAAAACGCAAAAUUUAAAGCCCUUCUUGCACAGCGUGCUGAUACAGGCCCCAUCCACGAUGUCAGUGUCACCCAUGAUCUGCCGGACGCUCAGCUUUCCACUGCUCACUUGGUAGCAAAACAAGAUCUCGGAAUUGGUACGCUGGACCCAAGAGAGUACCAAUUGGAACUAUUUGAGAGAGCAAAAGUGCAGAAUACAAUCGCUGUACUUGACACAGGCUCCGGGAAGACUUUAAUUGCAGUGCUGCUACUCAAACAUACUUUGGAGAAAGAACUAAAUGAUCGCAUGGAGGGGAAGCCACAUCGGAUAGCCUUUUUCCUUGUAGAUAGUGUCACGCUCGCAUACCAACAGGCCGCGGUGUUGCGCAAUAACUUGGACCAGAGUGUCGGGCAUUUCUUUGGGGCCAUGGGAACCGACUUGUGGAGCAAAAGUGUUUGGGAUCAGCACUUCCAAAAGAACAUGGUGAUUGUCUGUACAGCGGAGAUUUUGAAUCAGUGUCUGCUCAACUCCUACAUCAAGAUGAGCCAGAUCAACAUCCUAAUCUUCGAUGAAGCGCACCAUACAAAAAAGGAUCAUCCGUAUGCACGCAUUAUACGUGAUUCUUACCUUGAAGAAGUUUAUUCAAAGCGCCCAAGGAUCUUUGGAAUGACUGCAUCACCGAUCGACACAAAAGGUGACAUAGUAGAUGAAGCUACAAGACUUGAGAAGUUGCUUGACAGUAGAAUAGCUACGACGUCCAACAUGUCACUUCUACGGCAGGUGGCCAGGCGUCCAGUGGAGAGAGUAUGGUCCUUCAACAAGUUGGAGCAACCGUUCGCCACUAGCCUGUAUAAGCACCUUGAAGAUCGUUUUGGAGACAUGGCGUGCCUGGAGGGUAUAUUCAGAUUUGCUUGGCAGGCCAGCUCUGAGCUAGGCCGAUGGUGUUCAGAUCGAGCAUGGGCUCGUGCUUUAGCAGAUGAUGUGUUGCCCAAACUCGAAGGUAGUGUUCGCAAGACUGCAAACUCAGAAACAUCAUCCAAUGUGCCCGAAAGUGCCUAUAAGGAGAUCUUGCGGAUAACGGAAGCUAGUGAGAUUGUGAAGAGCUAUGCUUUCAGCAGUCCUGAGACUUUUGGCCAACUUAGCCCCAAAGUGCAAGUCCUUCGUGAAGAGCUUGCCCGCUACUUUGGACGACAGACGGAAACAAAAUGCAUUGUCUUUACGCAGAAGCGCUACACAGCUUUGAUUCUGGCUGAACUUUUUCAAACCCUGAAUAUUCCUUUUCUUCGGCCUGGUGUGCUUAUUGGUGUCCGGUCUGGGGAUUUAGCAGGAAUGAACAUAACGUUUCGUCAGCAAUUUAUUUCCUUGGUCAAGUUCAGAACCGGUGAGAUCAAUUGCUUGUUUGCUACAUCUGUCGCUGAAGAGGGACUUGAUAUUCCUGACUGUAAUCUGGUCGUUAGUACGUGCAAAGCCGUGGGCGUGCGAGACAUUUCAAUUCAACGUAUGCGAGUAUGGUCGAAAGAGGGAAUUUGGAGCAUGAGCAGAGGCUACUUGAGGUCCAAGAUGCUGAAAACUCUUCCCGAAGAUAGGUUACUAUAUGGGUUUGACCAUGACCUUGAUACAGUGUUGCAGAAAGACGAGGGCAACAGGACCUUUAGAAUCAAAUCUACAGGUGCUAAGCUAACCUAUCAUUCAGCAACCGCGAUACUUGCUCGCUACGCUAGUUCUUUGCAAUACGAAAAGGAAUUUUCCGCCCAAGUAACAUACGUGGUCCUUCCUAUCAACGGUGCCUUUGUCUGCGAAGUAAUUCUGCCUGAAAAAUCACCUAUCCGGGGUCUUACAGGAAGCCCAGCAAUGAAGAAGUCCAUUGCGAAGCGGUCUGCGGCUUUUGAUACUUGUCUCUUGCUUCGAAAAAACAAGUUGCUCGAUGACCAUUUCAAUUCGAUAUAUCAUCGCCGCCUUCCGGCAAUGCGUAAUGCGAAACUUGCAAUAACAUCUAAGCGCACCAGCCAGUAUGACAUGAUAUCGAAGCCGUCGUUGUGGGGCCGGAAACAAGGAAUGCCACCAAAGGAGCUUCAUGGCACUUUUAUCACGUUCUUGCCAUCGAUGCAACUAUCGCACGAGCCCGCACCUUUGCUACUAUUCACACGAGAGAGACUACCACACUUUCCGGAGUUUCCCAUCUUCCUCGAUGAUGAUGUAGAGACUACAAUAAUCACGACUCCUUUGGAGAAACAGCUAUUACUUUCAGAAAAAGAGGUGGACGCCCUCACAGUGUUUACUCUUCGUGUUUUUCGUGACGUCUUCCACAAGACCUACGACAAAGAGCCCGAAAAGAUGGCUUACUGGCUGGCCCCGGCAAAGGUUCAAAGCUCAUACCUCCCGUCAUAUGACCCAAGGCAGAUUCUUGACUGGGAGAGCCUCACCUAUGUGCGCGACAACGAUAGUAUUCCAUUUUCUACGAAUGCAGACCCAGAGAGCUGGGUAGAUCUAUUCGUGUUCGAUGCCUGGGAUGGACGAUGCCGAUUUUUCACAGUAGGGGUCGAGCAUAGUCUGACUCCCUCUUCUCCUCCACCACCAUUUGUAGCCCGGCGCAGACACAUGAACGAUGUCAUGAAUUACUGUCUGAGUCUCUCAAAGAACUCCAGGGCUAAGUUUUUGUCGACCUGUCACUGGGACCAACCUGUCCUAAGAGCAGAGCUCGUACGACUCCGCAGAAACCUUUUAGACAAAAUGACAGACACCGAGAGAGAUGUGGAGACAAGGUGCUUCAUCUGUAUUGAGCCUUUGAAAGUAUCUGCUAUCCCUGCAUCUACAGCAUUCUCCUGUCUCGCAUUUCCUGCAAUUAUCUCUAGAAUUGAUGCGUACCUUAUUUCUCUUCAAGGCUGCGAGAGCCUGAACUUUACCGUCAAGCUGGAUCUUGCCCUUGAAGCAUUCACGAAAGACUCCGAUAAUACCGACGAGCACCGGGCCCAGCAGAUCCAUGUCCAACGAGGAAUGGGAAGAAACUACGAGCGUCUAGAGUUUCUGGGGGACUGCUUCCUGAAGAUGGCUACCUCGAUUGCUCUCUUCACGCAAAACCCAGAUGACGAUGAGUUUGACUACCACGUGAACCGGAUGUGUCUAAUCUGCAACAAGAACCUCUUCAACGCAGCUGUGGAUAAGGAGAUCUAUAAGUAUAUCCGUAGUCGAGGAUUUUCAAGACUAACAGAUGCGGCAAGACAUACAUGGUAUCCAGAGGGCCUGAAGUUGCUACAAGGCAAAGAUCACAGUAGAAAGGCAACCACAGAGAGCAAACAUGCCCUCGCAGAGAAAACAAUUGCCGAUGUUUGCGAAGCUUUAAUAGGGGCGGCUUUGCUUUCCGGUGGUCCUGACCAUCGAUUUGACAUGGCUGUCAAAGCAGUGACUACUCUGGUGAAUAGUCCCAGCCACAAAGCCGAGCGAUGGAAGGACUACAUUUCUUUCUAUACAAUACCGAAAUAUCAGCGGCGAGCAGCAGAUGGUGCCGAGCUAUACCUUUCUCGAAAAAUUGAAGAGAAGCUGAGCUACCGCUUCCGGUACCCAACGCUUCUGGGAUCAGCUUUCACUCAUCCUUCGUAUCCAUCCGCAUGGGCCAAAGUGCCCUGCUAUCAGCGCUUGGAGUUUCUUGGUGACUCACUGAUUGACAUGGUGUGCGUGGAAGACUUGUUUGCCAGAUUCCCUGACCGAGACCCCCAGUGGCUCACAGAACACAAAAUGGCCAUGGUAUCCAACAAGUUUCUGGGUGCGUUAGCUGUGAAGCUGGGGCUCCAUACGCAUCUAAAAUAUUUUAGCGCUCCGUUGCAGUCUCAGAUUACUCAGUACGCCGAAGAGAUCCAGACAGCGGAGGGCGAAAGUGAGGGCGCGGUGGACUAUUGGACCGUGACUAAAGACCCUCCUAAGGUAAUGACGCCUUCUGCAUUGCGGAAUACAGCUAACGUGGAUGGACAGUGCUUGCCCGACAUGGUUGAAGCGUAUGUAGGGGCAGUUUUUGUUGACUCUGAUUUUAACUUCGAGGUAAUUGAGAGAUUCUUCCGGGACUACAUUAAACCCUUUUUCGAGGAUAUGGCAAUUUAUGACACCUUCGCGAAUAAGCAUCCGACGACUUUCUUGCACAACCGACUGACUAAUGAGUUUGGCUGCGUGAAUUAUUGUCUAAAAGCUGGUGAGAUGCCCAGUAUCGAUGGGGCCCCGGCUGGGGUUUUAGCGGCCGUGAUCGUGCAUGAUGUUGUCAUCGCCGAAGGUACGGCAACAUCUGGUCGCUAUGCUAAAGUCAAGGCCAGUGAGAAGGCGCUGGCAGUGCUAGACGAAAUAUCGUCUGCAGAAUUCCAGAGGAAAUUUCGCUGUGAUUGUCGAGAGUCAGGAGAUUCGGCAAGACUCGACAUUGGGACGGCCAUCUGA